AUGUUGGCUUCGCUUUUUUCUCUUUCCCUCUGCGCUGCAAAUAUCAGAAAUACUAAAGUAGAGCGCCAGUAUAAAAUUACAGAUGGAUUUGUUGCUGUUUCUCUUGAUAUUACUUUCACCAAUUUUGGCGAUAAAGCGACAUCAGAGUAUGUCUUGUCAUUUGAUCCACGCGAGGCAGCACAUAUGAAUACAGUCAUUGCUGUAAUGAACAGAAAGCACAUUCGUAAUACACAGAAAUCUCUUGUUAUCAAAGAUCAAAAUGGACAAAAGGUUGUUACACUUCUCUCACCUCUUGAACCAGGAGCCUCACAGACAAUUUAUGUUGGCUACACCAUUGGCCAGUAUAUUCUCUUCACAACAAACGGCGUUACCCUCAAGAAUUUAAGAGUUGACUGCUACUUCAACACAACAAUCGGUUUUGUUUCACCAUACCAAACAGAAGAAGUCAGUCUUGAAAUCAGCGGCAUUUCAAAGAACUCUGUCACAAGCAUGACCAAAAAUCUUGAUAUUACCCAGAAAUCAAACACAAUUUCGAUGCAAUCCAUCAAGACAGUUCCAAAGAACAACGAAUUGUACGUCGAAUACUUCAUCUACAAGGCUCUUCCAUAUGUUUCUGCCGUCAAUACCUCAACUCACAUUUCCCACUGGGGUAUUUCCAAGCAGGAGUCAUUCAUGGAAGUUCACAACGACGGCCCCGAAUUUGUUGGCGAGUUCAACCGUAUUGAUUUCCGCGAAUCCUCAAAUUGCUACUUCCAGACAGUUCCUGUCCGUCCACCAGCAGACUCCUAUCACUUCUGGGCUAACGAUGAAUCCGGCCAGCUCCAGAGAGAAAUCAACCUUGAAGACAAGGAUCUCUCCAUUCCACUCCGUGGCCCAGUUCUUCCUUCCUGGAAGGUUACAUACACAACAGGCUGGACAGUCAAGACAUCCAACUUUGUCCGCACAGAAGGAAAUACAUACAUCUUCUCAGCUCCUCUCUUCCCGAAGCCUUAUGCUGACCGCGGUGUUUCUGUUUCUCAUAUCCGCUCUGAAUAUGUGUUCCCAGAAGGUGCUGAAAUCAAGAAGAUCACAUACCCACAGGCAAUCAACGGAAGACACCAUUUCGGACAGGAAGUCUGCAACCUCGAUUUCAAGGGUAGAUCUGUCGUCGUCAUCGAAGCAGAUAGACUUUCUUCUAUCGAUGAAACAACUGUACAGAUCGAAUAUACAAUUGAAGGAAAGUACGCUUUAUACAAGAUUGCUUACCUUUCCGCUGGUUUCGGAGCAAUCUUCCUCGCGAUUGUUGUUCUCAGGAAGAUCGACCUCUCAAUCCCAUCCUUCGAAAAGAAGAACUAA